CAUGGGGCCCCCGGGCAAAUAGGGGAUCAUGGGGCCCCUGUGUCCUUGCCCAAACUCAAAAAAGCCUAUGAAAAAGGUACCAGGGGCAUCUCAUGGGGCCCCCUACUGACCCCGGGCCCUCGGGCAGUGCCCGAGUUUCCAAAUGGUCAGUCCGCCCCUGAUCCACCAGCCUAGCAAGUCAACCAAGGACAAAUGUUGCAAAGAGUUACAUUGUAACAUUUGGUCCGUACAUAUAACAUAGUUGACUUGAGUAGCUCCAAAGCAUGAGCACAGCAAAAGAAAA